GGCACAGCACAAAGCAACUCCAGCUCACAGCACAGCAUCUGCCCCAGAAAGAACAAAGCUCAACUGGUGCCACCAUGAACUUAACCAGUGGAGUAUAUCUACUCUCCAGCCUCCAGGAAUUAUAAGAGGAACCUCCCGCACACGCUGCACAUCGGCGUUUCUCUGUUGGUCACCAGUCCCAUCCCAAGAUGAGGAAAGGCGCUCUCGCUCUCUACCUCCUUCUCCUCCUCACCUUUGCUACCCAUGGCAGAUGGUGUGCAGCAGCUGCUAGAAGCGGCAUGGCUGAGGAAGAUGAAGCACAUGAUGCUCUGAGGCCUCAUCACCAUGAAACCCAAGGCAAGAGUCUCCUGGAGAUGCAGAGUCCCAGGAAGGUUGGGCGGGUGACGGGUGGUGCCGGAGCAAGCGGCGGCGGCAGGAACACCGGUGGCGGAGCCACAGACACGAGGCCACACAAUGGCAAGAACGUCGCCAUGGCGCUGCCAGCUCCAGCGACCUCCGUCCUGGUGCUGGUUUUCACCACCACCACCAUUCUUCUCUCGACGCUCAGCUUCUGAAGUUCUAGCACCAGUAUUUGUCCAGUGUUUCAGUUUCAGAAAUUGUUUGCCUGAUGAUGUUUGCUGGCUACUACUCCCUCCGUCUCAAAAUAAAUGUCUCAACUUUGUACUAACUUUAGUACAAAGUUGUACUAAACUUGUGACAUUUAUUUUAAGACGGAGGGAGUAUUAUUUAUCCUGUAUGAGUGCUUCCUAAGUUGUUGAAUUUCUUGUAUGCUGGGUUCGUACUAGUCAUAGAGACAUUAAUAAUCAGGCAAUGAAAAUCCCCCAUGUGUAUUGUUAGUAAAA